AUGUCUGAGUGGAUAACUGUGAGUCGGCACAAGAGAUCCGGUGACAUCUUCGGAGGUGCCAAAGGCCUGAAAGACGGGCCUGCCGAAGCUGAUGAUAGGAAAUCAAUCGAGGAUUUCGUCGCAAUCGCCAGAGGAGCUAAAAGUCCACUGAAAGCUCUCUACGGGGCUUCAUGGUUCAUAUCGCUGUCCCAAACAGAGAUAUCGGUUGAGGAUCUCCCAAGCUUCCUGAAUAUCCUCGAUAACGUUCUCGAGCGAACUCAACCCUCGAAUGAGCUUUCUGAGUUUCUCGUGCAGUCCUUGGUGCACAAGGAACCGAAGUCCGCACUUGAAAAACUACUGGAGGUUGAAUGCUACGAUCCGGCCAAUCUGAUCGCCAUGUGUCGAUACCUCGAGCUUGUCAAAGCUUGCUGGUCCGGGGAGUUUUCCGUUGAGAAAGACCGACUCCGGAGUAUCGCAGCUGUAUUCUAUCGUCUCUACUGGAAAAGAGAACAUGGUUCAACAGAUCGAACGUCGCAUCUCCUCGUGACUGAAUACAUACAGGACUUCCUAGAAAACUUCGAGCUCUGCGACUUCGAGGAACUAUCCAUCGGCGGCUAUCCGAGCGGCCGCAAACCUCCGGAAGAUUUCCGUUCGAUACCAAGCUUCCCCCGGAGUCAGGAUGUUUACGGAGAUCUUCCUUUCCUGCGACCGAAUAUCAUCAAAGGACCUUACGAGGAUCUGAAUGCCUACUUGGACAUCCAUUAUCGCCUCCUUCGAGAAGACUAUAUCGACGCUCUGAGGAAUGGCAUUCGGAAUCUCCGUAAAAAACGAUUCGGAACGAGCACCUUCCGCCUGACCGCCAAUCUUGGACAUGUCCGUGACUUCAAGCAGGGAGUGUUGGUGGCCAUCCCGAGACAUGGACUCGACGACUUGAUCUAUGCGAUUUGUCUCAGAAACGAAAAUGGUCAAGUCAAACUGGAGUUCUGCAAUGCGAAGGAGAUCCUGUCCGUGGAGGUGGAGAAACCCCAUCAGAUGCUCGUUCUGAAAUCGGCCUACUAUGGAGCGUUCCGAUACAGCCUGGACGCCCUUAAGAAGAUAAGGCACCUUCCGUUUCAAUCGACCAUAGUGUCCGUUCAGCGAGAUGAGCUUCCCCCUUUGCACUGGGUCAAAGCGGAUCGAGGAACCCUGCUGAGGGAGAACCAGGAUAUCUUGAACGAGUCGCAAUUCGAGGCAUUCCGCCAGACGCUAGCUCAGAAAGUCUGCCUCAUACAAGGACCCCCGGGGACCGGCAAGACUUAUGUCGGCUUACGCAUUGUAGAAUCCAUUCUUCGGCACAAGGUGACCGCUUCGCCGAUCUUGGUGGUUUGCUACACGAACCACGCGCUCGAUCAAUUCCUCGAAGGAAUGCUGAAGUUCACCCGAUCCCUGGUCCGAAUCGGGGGCCGGAGCAAAUCAGACCUGUUGGCUCCAGUCAAUUUCGAAAACUUGAAAUCGGAGUCGGACCAGAGGCCGUAUUUGACCAAAGUGGAGUGGCGCCAGAAAUCCGAAAGUCUCAGUCAGAUCGAGCGGAGUCUUUUCGACAAAAAAAGCAAGUUCUUCAAGGAUGCUGCGGGCCUCGCCAAAUACACGGGAGAUAUCGCAGAGUUCCUCGAGCUCUACGAGCUCUGUCGGCAAGCCGUAGCUGACAAAAGAUUCCAGGGAAGCAACCCGGUCCCUCAAGGCGACCAUGUGAGGGCAUACAUUAAUGCCAGGAUGUGCAGCGGGGACCUCCGUGAGAAAGUCGUUGAGGAAAGAAUGUGCAAGAGUAUGUCUCUGAACCGGUACGCCUUUUUGAAGGUCACCGAGAAGCUCAUAUACCAAUAUGGUCACAAGGGCAAUAAACCGCGACAUAAAUUGACACUGAACGAGAAAUGGCGGUACUACGCAACCCUACAUUGGCGGACUAUGAUAGAGGAUGAUCGGUCCGGUCUCGAGCAAGAGGACUUGGUUGAUCUCGCAAGAUUCGAAGCGAAACGGCAGAAGUUGAGAGAGCUCUUCGCCGAGAGCCACAAACGUCACGCCGAGCGGCUCGCAACCUGUGAAGUCAAGGUCCAAAACGUUCUGAGCUGUCAACACACAGUGGAGCAGAGCUGCCAGGGAACCAGAGGGAAGCCCGAUGAGAAAUGCAUCGAAGCCUGUGAUUUCGUGCACCGAUGCGGGCACCGCUGUACCGGCGAUUGCGACGUCUGUCGGGCUUGUCGCCGGAAAGGUGUCAGUCACUGCCCUCAUCAGGAGUGCGCAGCGAAAACCUGUUGGGAGUGUAAAUGUGAGCCGUGCGGCAAGACGUGCAGCAAGAAUCAUGAAAAGUGUAAUCAUCCAUGUGAAGGUAUGUGCGGCGAGCCGUGCCUCGCGGUGUGCUUCAAAUGCAAACCGAAACGCCGCACGGCUCUGUUCGGAAUUGAAGCGCUCAGCGGGAAAUUCCUCCGAGUUCCUGGCUGCGAUCAUCUUGUGGACGCAGAGGUCAUGGAUCAGGUAAUGGCGACUUGGAAGGUCGGAAUUCCUCGCUGCAUCAGGUGCGACCGAGAAAUCUCCUUCUGGAGACGUUACAACUACGUCUACAAUCGCAUGUACGAGCCUUCGAUCUUCGAUCGGAGCGAGGCCUCGAAGGCGAAGCGCGCCGUCGAAGACUUGCGCGGACAUCUGAAGAGGUUCCAAGCUGAAAACAGAGCGCUUGAGAUGCGGGAAGCCUCGGCGAGCGAUGAAAUGGCGCGAUACUACGCAGGCGAGAUCGUCGGGGACUUGGAGAAGCGACUACGAAAAUGGGAGGUGGAAGACGUUGGGCUCUGCAAUCGAGUUUUCCAGAUGCUGAAGUCGCUCAUAGAACUUCUCCCAGAGGCGAUGCAGGCAUCAAAUUUUCAUCAUGGCGAAGAGUCGAUCCAGAAAAAAACCUUCCUUCUGGCCAGCGAAGUUUUCGAGGAUCUUCACGACAUGGCCGACAUCAAGCCGGAAUCAGAGAGCUCAUGGACCGCAUCCGUGUUUGACGAUAUCUGCGCCGAGGCCCUGCGUCUCAAAUACGUCCUCAUGCUCCCGCACGUCGCAAAGAAUCUACGAGCCCGUUUCCUUGAGUUGAUUUUCGCCGACCGAAGGUUUACACCGACUCCUGCGAACGCUAUACUCCAGCGAUCGGAUUCAAAACUCAAAGUUCGUCCAUUCGCCCAUUGA